AUGUCAGCAGAACCGCCCUACCGACGACGUUCAUCAUCCACCCCACCGCCGACGGUGGGCCAGCGACACCGAGGCAUUCCAGAUCGCACCGACUUUGCCUGGAAGAAGAAAGAGACCGAGCUCGACGAAGCGUAUGACGAUCUGAUAGCCCGCGAUGCAACCAUCAGUGCCCUAAACGAGGAUUGUCGAAACGCAUACAACCUUGCCAAGGAGCGAGGACGCGAGCUGGAUUCAAAGGAGCAGUACAUCAGCGAACUCCACGUCGAGCACGAACGCAUACAGCAGGAGCUGUCUCUGUGCGCGACCAGACUUACUGCUGCAGAGGUAGCCGAGAAAGAAGAGAAGGAAGAGCAUGCUAGAACUAGGGCCAAGAAGGAGGCAAAAGAGGAGGAGCAUGCUAGAAGCAUGCGGUCUCUGGAAGCCAAGAUGAGGGAGCUUCUGAGAUCAGGGGAGAAGAGGCAGCUGUCGAUGAUGGGCAAUGCCCAGACUAUGUUCGAGUAUGCGCCGCAGGAGCCAUGGGAAGAGGAUGGGUUGGAAGAAGGUGACAGACGCCACAGUUCGCAGUCUUCCCAGUCGGGUACCGACGAAGUCCAGUCUAGCGAGCUUGUUUCGCAAGCCAUGUCAAAGCAUCAAGAAGGCAGACCUCGAGGAGGACACUCUUCCAAACGUAGGAGUUCUGUGUCAGGUCAUCACCGCAGCAAGGUCUAUUCUGCUGACCACGAAUGCGUUGAGCAGCCGUGCUACAGGUCCGUUGGUACCGAUCCAGAGCCAGUCGAAGAUCGUAUUGCGGAGCACAGAAUCCAGAAGCAGAUCUUCUACAAAUCAAUUGGCACCGAUCCAGACAUAAUCCAAGAUCAUCCAACGGAGCAUGGACUCGUUGAGCGGCCUUGCUACAUGUCGAUCGGUACCGAUCCAGAUCCAAUUCAAUAUCAUGUCACACGGCCGGAGACCAUGGCUUUCCGAUGUCCGGGAUCUUCGGAGCCUCUGGAGCAUCUUCCUCAGUCGGCAAGCUGGAAGAUACACCUCCUCAAGCUCACCGUCCUGCUGCUCAGCAUCAUCAUCUGCAUAGUCCUGACCCAGAGCAUCAAUGUCCCAGCAGUCCUGGUCUCAGCAGUCCACCUACAUAUCAAAUCUCCUGAGCAUCAGCACCCACGAAACUUAACCUCAACCUCAGCCGACCAGAAGCAGCAAGAACAUUUAACACGCUGUCACGCGAUCUCAGCGCUCUGCCAACUCUUCCCAGAUCCCGAACACCAACCCUUCUACACCACAGCGCUGCAAUCCUGGACCGAGAUGAACACUUCUCGUACAUACUGUCCUCGUCCUCCCGGGUGCUCUUGGACUUCCUCAUUUUCCUCUUAUACAACGACCACUGCCGUCGGAGCUGUGCAGCAGCACGGUACUGACGUCGUUGACGACCAGCAACGGCACCUUCAAGUCGCAACACGCCUUCAAGAUAUCUUCAUGCUGAUCUUCCCUGCGAAUCCUGCUCCUCGUCAUGCUCGUAAUCUACAUCGAAGUCGCCAUCAAAGUCCAAGCCAGACGGGUCAGGCGAGCACUAAGUGGUGGUGGUAUCCAUCGUCUCCAUCAUCCUCGUCUGUUCCCGAGGUUAAGCUCGAGAACCAAGGAGGCAACUGUACGAUCGUCCUCCGCGCGCUGGAAGAUGCAGUUGGUGGCGCAGCGUACCUCGAUCAACCCAGGGCGAAAGGUGCAAGAGACUUGCAGGAUGGCCUAGGGCGAAUUUGUCGAAGCUUCGGAAAGCGUGCUGAAGGACCCGACGAUGAGUUCUCGAGCGAACAUCGAAGGGACUGCAGAGAUCUGGGAUGUGAAGGAAGCGGAAGAUAG